UUCACGUUCGAAUAAAAUAAAAACGGAGGGAAACUCGCGCGAGAAAUCUUACAUUUUUCCCCACUAAUCAAGCAGUUAGUUAAUUGCCGCCGACAAAACGACACUCGAUAACGGACUGUUUACAAAUAUACCGUCGAUAAGGGUACACAAUUGAUCCGGUGCAUGCGUGGAUUGAUACAAUUGUAUUUUCUUUCUUAACCCUUCAUUCUCUUAGCCUCCUUCUAUCGGGCUUCACGUCUGAACUAAAGUGGACUGUGUGUGUGUGAAGUGCCUUAGGGUUUUGUGUAUUUUGUUGUAAUAUGGGUAAAGCAGGAAUCGCCAUGACACUGCUCAGUACGUUGGCUGCGUUGGUUAUCAUUGUGCAUACUGCUGAGGAGGAAUACGAGAGGGCCCAGAGGGGGAUGCGCGCCCGGUCUUUAGAUGUCGAAGUACCUAGCUAUGAACAGGCAUGGAGAGCAUUAGAAGAUCCAAAACUACCAGAAACUCCGCAAAGUGACGCUUGGAAAAAUGACACUCCAGAUGAAGUUCCCAAACGAAGAAGAACGCGUAAAAGAAAACGUCGGCCACAAAUAUCAGCAGAUGACCUUGAACCGCAGGAAAGACAUGUAUUCCACAGCGAUGUAUUACCCCGUAAUCAAGAAUAUUUCGUCACACCUCCAGAAACGGUCAGGCGAAGGAAGAAAGUCAAUCGUCACGACAAAGAAAAAGAUGAAACAGAUCGAUGGGGAGACCAAAUAGGCAUUGACCGCCCAGUCAGAAGGCGGGGUCAUAGGCGAAAACGUCCCAUCGAUACCGAGCAACAGCCUAGAUUGAGUGAAUUUGAUGGUUUUAGAUUUCACGAAACAAUACCUGAUGAAAACCCAUGGAAUAAUAUAAGAAACGAGCAGUUUAAUGAUGGAACCUUAAAUGCUACGAAUGAACAAGAUAAUAUGGAACAGAACGAAGAAGAUGGUAGACUACCUUAUUCACUCAACACAGAAAUAGACAAUGGGGACGAUGAUGAACUCCAAAAUGAUCACAAAAUUAUUGUUUCGGAACCUCUUCCAGCAUACAACGAUCGAUCUUUGUCAGAAUUCUCAUUGGAGUCUCUUAUUAAGCCAAUUCCAGAAGACAAUAUAAAAAUAAAGAAAGAUAAGAUAAAAGAAAAAACCAAAAAUACUAUAAGCCAAAAAGAGAAAGCAUUAUUAAAGUUAAAGGGUAUAAAUCAUAGUACACGUGGAGAAGCGCAGAGACUAGCGAAGAGCAUGAACAAAAUAAUACCACUUUGCAAGAAAAUGACUUUAGAAGAAUAUAAAAAUAUUGAAGACAAAAUCCAAAUGGAUAAUGAACCCCUUGAACCUCAGGCACUAAAGGCUAUAUUGAAAAGAUCAAACGGUCGAAGUUUGAGUGAAAUUUUGCAACAAAAUAAUCUAUCUUUAAGUGACUUACUGCAAGGUAGAGAAAAAGCAUUGUCUUUACUUCAGGCUGGCGAUUUAUCCGAGAACGAAAAAUUAAGAGAUGAAAAUAACAUCGAAGCGAACAAUACAAGUUCGAACCACAAUGAGGGUCAAAAUCAUCUAACUUUUAUCCAAUCCGGAAGUCAAGAGCAAAAAAAUCUUCAAGAAAUAAUCGAAGAGCAGCCCAUUACCGAACAAAUAUUAACAACCGCAUAUACUCCGGACGAAACGAGUACCACUCAAAGAAUUGUAGAGAUUAAUUCGAAUGAUCAUAUCGAAAAUACUACUGAGACUCAUACAAGACGUCGAUUUCCAUUCCAUGUACGUAGGAGAUUACGUACAAGACCAUAUAACAAUACGCGUAAAGUUCAAUUAAGUAGGGAUUUAAUAUCUCUAACAUCUAGAAAGUAUCAAAACAAUAGAAAUAAAGAUUGGAUUGAAUUUAUGCCAACUCCUACAAAAAAUAAAAAAAUUAAGCAAGAUUCCAAUGUUCCAAUAAACACAGAAACAAAAGAUCCUAUGGUACGUGAAAACAGUUUCAUAUCAACAACAGUAAUGGUCGAGGAGUCAACGGAACAGUUCCAAGAAACUGAUAAUACUGAGAUCCCAACGACGCAGUCAAGCUAUGUGGACAUGAAUUCUUUCAAGACUACUAUUGACACGGAAUUCAAUGACAGAAAUACGCAGCAAAAUGAUGAAUUAUUAACUACUGAUACUGAUGAAACAAUACCUACUACGAUUGCCAUAACAACUACAGAAAAAAUUGUAACAAUAACGCAAAAGCCAAGGAUACAUUCUCCCAUAAGACCAACUUUAAACGCAUCUGAAUUAAGAAGGCAAGCUUUUAACAACAGGCUAAACAAGAAACGUAUGAAACAAAAGAAGCAAUCAGAGGAAGAAUCUCACGAUGGGGCCAGAAACGAUGUCUUCUCAAUGGGUAACUUGGUACCAGCAUCAGAAUUUAUUGCUAAAACGCAAGGAACAACAAGUGCUUACGAUCGGAAUAAUUUGACUACCUUAGAAGAUGUAACCGUUACAGAAUCGACUACAAGAUCGCAAAAUCGAUUUAGAUCAACCAAACCACCUAAUGUGAAAAAAUCUUCUAUAUUACCUAAAAUUCAGCCCUAUAUGUCUGACACAGAAGAUACGGCGAAAUUUGAAAUAGAAGAAAUUCUUAACGACUCUAUAACACGGGCGAGGCUUUCGAGAAUACUGAAGGAAAGAAACAUGACACUUAACGAAUUGGUAGAACAUAGAGAGCGUGGUUCAAGUCAUGUGCAUUUAGCGGAUAUAUUUCACAAUGCAUCGAAAGAGCCAAAUCCCCCAGAGCCAUUUUUGUCAAAGUCUUUGAUUGAACCCAUAUCCAAAGAAACAUAUCCUUUAAGAGCUCUCUUAGAGGCAAAUCUUCACGACCCUAAGUCUAAUUUAGAUUUAAAUGCACUUAAUUCAAACUAUUUGAACAUUCCUGUUGUUAUGGAUUUUGGAAAUAAUGUAAAUGAAAAUGGUGAAAAUAUGGGAAUUAUGUCUUUAUUCAGUAAUACAAGUAGACACAGUGAAAAUAAAGAAAAUCGAAAACAUAUGAAUGCAACAGAUUAUAAAGCUCCAUCGAACAGCGAAACUAUAAACGAACAAAAAUCUGGUCGAGAAGGUCGUGUAUUUAAUACAGACAAAGGAUUAAUCAAUUGGAAUGAUAUAUUUAAACUUCUUCAUGAUAACAAUAACCAAACAGAUUCGGACGAACUGGUUCAGGCCAGAGUAUCUUCGAAACCAGAUACGAUUAAGAAAAUUUUAUUGGAGGAGGAUGACGAUGGUGACAGCGUUAUUAUAUUUGAAGACUUACAACAUUUGAAAAACAACAAUGUGGCAUCAAACGAGGAAGAUAUUGAAGUAAAAUUGUUAGAAAAAAUAGAAGACAGGCCGUCGAAACCUGCAUUUAACACAUCUAGUAAUGCACGAUCAGUUACUGUGGUAACAGCAAGUAUCAUAGGAUUGGCUCUUGUACUCUUUUUACUGACAUAUGCAGCAUUUAAAUGGAGACAACAAAGUAAAAUGAUCGAAAGCAAACAGUGCGCCAAUGAAGAAAGAAUACCUUCGCCAGUGUUUGAAAAUCGUUCAACAAAAAAUAACAGCAGCACACGAAGUAAAAGUCCUAUGCUUACUUCAAAUAUUUAUUCAAUUAAUACGUUAGACACACACGCUGAUGCCGAUUCGCCUGAAUACAUGUGGGACUCAUUAAGAAAACCAUUCCAGUAAUUAUUGUUGCAUUUGUCGUGAGAUUAGACUGAAAUUAAGCAUAAUUUAUUUUAAAUACGUUUGAUUGGAUUAAGAUUAUGAAUUAGGAAACAUAUACGAACAGCUUUUAAAGCUGAGUUAAUUUAAGAUUUAAUUGAAAUAAGCCGCAAUGACCAAUACAUUACGCUUAGCAGAGCUAAGAAUGUUUUGUGAUUGAUUUGAAAUAUUGGUGCUCAGUAUUACGUGGCAAGUGCAAUAAUUAAAGACAAGACUAUUUAUGUUUGUGUUUAGUGUGUUUCAAGGAUUGAAUAAAUCUAUUAGUGAUAUUCACUU